GGAGCCGUGUGGACCACAGCUUGCUGCUGCAGCGGCUGAAGGGGGGGAAGCACACGCACUGGCCAGGCACGGUCCUUCAAACACACACACACACACACACGCCGCAUCAUUUUUCUACAGCAUCCACACAGACACUCACUGCCUGGAGAGGAACCAGCAGCCCGGUUUGCAGCAGACGGUUUGAACCACCUCCUGGAUACAGGCCGCUGCUUUAAGUCCUCCCAGUGUAGAUCCAGGUUUUCAUCCUGACAAACCCGACCAUGGACAGGAACAGGAAGCGGGUGCCGGGCUUCGCAGCCAUGCUAUUGAUACUCUUGAGUCACAUGACGUCGGCACUGGAGGUGCCUCUUGAUCCUAAAGUACUGGAAGGAUUGCCACAACCCCCCACCAUAACGCUACAGUCCCCGAAGGAUUACAUCUUUGAUCCGCGGGAGAACAUUGUCAUCCACUGCGAGGCCAAGGGGAAGCCUCAUCCCAGCUUUUUGUGGACAAGAAACGGGACCCACUUUGAGGUCGAGAAAGAUUCCAAAGUCCUGAUGAAGCCCGGUUCAGGAACUCUUGUCAUUGACAUCAGCGGGGAAAAGGCUGAGGCCUAUGAGGGAACGUACCAGUGCACGGCACACAAUGAGCACGGCACCGCUGUAUCCAACAGCAUUGUCAUCAGACAGUCCAGGUCCCCCUUGUGGUCGAAGGAGAGAAACGAGGCAAUUGCGGUGCAAAUGGGGGGCUCCCUGGUGCUGAAGUGCCGUCCCCCUGCAGGGCUGCCGCCACCGGUCAUCUUCUGGAUGGAUAACAAUUUCCAGAGGCUACCGCUGGAUCAACGCGUGUCCCAGGCUCUGAAUGGAGACUUGUACUUUUCCAAUGUUCUUCCAGAAGACACCAGGAGCGACUACAUCUGCUAUGCUCGCUUCCCUCACACACAAACCAUCCAGCAGAAGCAGCCCAUCUCAGUCACCGUGCUGGACAACAGCCCAGAUGGGGAACGUCGUCCCCGCUUCAUGAUGCCUCAGGGCGCCACCAGCACCAAGAUGGUUCUGAGAGGGGAGACUCUGGAGCUGGAGUGCAUUGCUGAUGGCUUACCCACCCCAGAGAUCUCCUGGCAGAAGGAUGGAGGGGAGCUGCCGAGCAGCAGGAUGUCUUUUUACAACUACAAGAAAACGCUGAAGGUUUCUGAUGUGAAUGAAGCUGAUGGCGGUGACUACCGCUGUACAGCCACAAACAACCUGGGCACUGCGCACCACAUCAUCAAGGUCACUGUCAAAGCGGCUCCUUUCUGGGUCAGUGCACCCAGGAACCUGAUCCUCGCCCCGAACGAGACCGGCAUCCUGACUUGUCGAGUUAAUGGAACACCCAAACCUUUGAUCACCUGGUUGGUCAACGGUGUAUCCCUAGAGAACGCUCCAGAGGACCACAGUCGGAAGGUGGAUGACGACACUGUGAUUCUCAGCAACGUGCAAUCCGGAUCUAGUGCCGUCUACCAGUGUAAUGCAUCCAAUGAAUUUGGCUACCUGAUGGCAAAUGCUUUUGUCAACGUGCUUGCUGAGCCACCGAGGGUGCUUUCUCCACCUAACCAAGUAUACCAGGUCAUCACCAACAACCCUGCAUUACUUCAUUGUGCCUCAUUUGGUUCACCAAUACCAGCUAUCACAUGGUUCAAAGACAGUCAGACCAGCAUUAAGAGCGGGGAUUCUUACGUGAUCCACGAGAACGGCACAUUGGAGAUCAUUGUGGCCCAGCCAGUAAACAGUGGAAAGUACACCUGCAUUGCAACCAACAACUUGGGGAUCAAGGAGAACCACGUCAAACUGGAAGUAAAAGAGCCCACCCGAAUCCUCAAGCAGCCAGAGUACAAGGUGGUACAGAGUGGAAUGAGCGCCGUGUUCGAGUGUAAAGUCAAACACGACCCAACCCUCGAUCCAACCGUGACGUGGCUCAAAGACAACAGAGAGCUGCCGGACGGGAGGUUUGAGGUGAAUAUGGAGAGUCUGACCAUCAAAAACGUGACAGAAGAAGAUGAGGGCACCUACACCUGCAUCAUGAACACCACCCUGGACCAGGACUCAGCAAGUGCCAUGCUGACUGUCGUAGAGGCUCCUCCUCCUCCAGCGAUUGUCUACGAGAAACCCGACCCUCCAACUGAUCUGGAACUGACUGACCAGACAGAGAGAAGCGUUCAUCUCACCUGGAUCCCCGGAGACGAACACAACAGUCCCACAGAGAAGUUCUUGAUCCAAUACGAGGAUCUGCUCCACCAGCCAGGAGUUUGGAUCAACCUCACGGAGGCUUCCGGUACGAGCACCACGGCGCAGUUAAACCUCUCUCCUUACGUGUACUACUCCUUCAGAGUGCUGGCCAUGAAUCACGUGGGCUACAGCCACCCGAGCCAGCCAUCAAGCCAAUACAGGACCAACCCUGCAGCUCCCGAUGAAAAUCCAUCAGAUGUUGAGUGUUUAGGAACAAUGCCAGGCGACUUGGUCAUUUCGUGGACACCGUUGACAGGAUUUCAGGCUAACGGGCCCAGUCUGGAGUACAAAGUGCUUUGGAGACAGAAAGACACGGAUGAGGAUUGGUCCUCACAGAAUGUGGGCAACGCGUCUGAGUUUGUUGUGUCGGGAGCUCCUAUUUACGUGCCCUACGAGGUCAAGGUUCAAGCUUUGAACGAUUACGGCAACGGCCCUGAGCCUGAAGUGGUGAUCGGACACUCUGGAGGAGACUUGCCUUUAUCUGCUCCUGAGAGUGUGCAGAUCAUGGUUCACAACAGCACACUUGCAGAAGUGCACUGGGAGCCCGUUUCCUUCUCCUCAGUCAGAGGAAAACUACAGGGAUACAAGGUGUACUACCGACGUGAGGAGGACACAGAGCAGCAGGAACUGGUUUUGACGUUCAGUGGGAAUCGUAGCGAGGGACGUCUGCCGGGCCUCCAGCCUUACAGCACCUACAACCUCACCAUUAGAGUCCUUAAUAACAAAGGAGAAGGACCGCCGAGUCCCAGCCAGACAUUUAAGACACCAGAGGGAGUGCCGGGGCCUCCUUCUUUUCUGAAUGCCAUAAACCCCAGUUUAGACACUCUAACUCUGCAAUGGGGCCCACCGGCGAGCAACAACGGACGGCUAGCUGGGUACACACUGAAAUAUCAACCAGUCAACAACACUAACGAACUGGGGCCAGUCAAGGUCAUGACCUUCCUCGCCAACGAGACCACCACCACCCUGGGCAACCUGAACUCCAGCAUGCUGUACAAGUUUUACUUGAGUGCAAAGACAAUCAAGGGCUCUGGCCCUGUCAUCACAGAGGAGGCCUUCACAGUCAUGGACACAACUCGUACUCAGCCCGCUGUAGAGACGGGUAAAGGCCCUACAGAGCCCCCUCACACAACCUCCCCCGUCACUCAGUCUCCGCAUUCCCCGUUUCACAAGGUGCCGCCUGUAGGCCCUGCGUUUGGCAAAGUUAACACGUCCAUGUUGGAGGACGGUGCAGUGAUCAGUUGGGAAUACUUUGGACACCAUAAGAAUGUAUAUGUGGAGUAUAUUGUAGAAAACAGUAAAGAGGACUGGAAACAGGAGUUGGUAAACGGUUCACACUGGCAUAUGAUUAAAGGUUUAAAGCCGGGGACGUCCUAUAAGGUGCGUGUGGUAGCUAGAGACCCGGCUGACCCGGCGGUCCACAGCACAGACGAAGUGUUGGUUGCGGUGCCAGCUAUAGCCAGCCGGCAGGUGGACAUUGCCACCCAGGGCUGGUUUAUUGGCCUGAUGUGUGCCAUCGCUCUCCUCAUCUUGGUCCUUCUCAUAGUGUGCUUCAUCAAGAGGAACAAGGGUGGAAAGUAUCCAGUGAAAGAGAAAGAAGAUGCCCACCAAGACCCAGAGAUCCAGCCUAUGAAGGAGGAUGAUGGGACAUUUGGAGAGUACAGGUCUAUGGAGAGUGACACAGAGGACCACAAGCCGCAGGGCAGCCGGACGCCGUCCAACGCGGUGCGCCGCGAUGAAAGCGACGACAGCCUGGUGGACUACGGGGAGGGGGACGGACAGUUCAACGAGGACGGCUCCUUCAUCGGCCAGUACAGCGGCAAGAAAGAGAAAGACACCCACGAAGGCAACGAGAGUUCGGAGGCCCCGUCGCCCGUCAACGCCAUGAACUCGUUUGUCUAAACGACGGGGGCCCGGCUGCGACUGUUGCUACGGCCGCCCCCUGUCGCCCUGGCAAGUGUGACCAUCUCUGUGGUGACAGUUGCUACGGUGACGCGCCGGUCGCCGCGGGCACCUUGCUUCUACCACGGCGGCUGUCACUCUGGCGGCACCUCCCCAUGGCUACCUGUCACCAGGACUGCUGCCACGCCCUCAUCUCUACACCCGCAGGCCCCUGUCCCACUGUGACCUCUUCUCAUGUGCACACACUCGGCGUCCCGUCCCCCCCCCUCUCCCAAUAACCAUCGAAGGAAAGUGUGAUCCAAACGGUGUGAGAACUCCGAGAAGAGGGAAGGAGAGAGGAAAGCAAUAUAGAGAAGCAGAAGGAAUGUACCAGAGAUUUUUACCACUCAGACUGAGCAGAAGUGUGUAUGUGUUAGUGCCAUUUGAUCUCCUUUCAAACAUACUAAACACGGUGUGUCCAAAUAUAUAUUUUAUCCAAGUACAGUAUGUGACCCACAAAUAUGCAUUGAAUCGCCUUCAUCUGCAUGGAGUAAAUCAUGAUUCUAUUAAGCAUUUUACCACCUUGGUGUUGCAGAGGUUAGCUGUGUGUUCAGACUGUACAUGGUGCACGCCUACUAGCGACUGGGUAUUCCUUUUUUAUUUCAGUCAGUGUUAAAUGGCGUAUGAUAUAUAUAUAUAGAGGAAAAUGGUCUUUGGCAGGGAUGCUGCUGUGAAAUGUGUGACUCAAAAUAGAAGCGAGCAUGUCUUUUCAGACAAAUUAUUGUUUUACAUAUGUACAAAUACGUACGAAGCUCUAUUUCAAGGUGGCGGUUAUCCCUUUGUACUCAUUGGAAACCUGGCUCAAAACACUUUGAACCAACAAGCAAGAACUCUUGCUGAACGUUUUAGUCUUAUUGGCUUAUUCCAAUCCGCCUGAUUUUAGCUACAUGUUUUCGCAAGCUCCUCCCCAAAUCUUUUCCUUUUACACCGAGCCUAAGCGUCCUGCUACUGAGCACCGACCGAACACAAGUGGGGGGCUGUGAUCGACCCAGUGUCAUUAUGAAGUGCUUCCAACCCUGAAUCUGCCACUGUGCAGGCUUUUCUCUUAAGACGAUUGUCAGAGCGCCCAAACGUUGUCUCCAAUGGCUCUUGUGUAAUGGCAGAAAGAGAGGCGUUCGCAGACAAUAAUUGUACCCGAACAGCGUUAAUUGUUAGACUUUAUUUUCAGGAUGUUAAGAUUUUGGUGAUUAAGAACCUCUCAGCACAGUUUCUAGUGCCUUUUGUAGUGAACAGUGACUUGGAUCCACAGUUUGCAUCCCUCUUCAUAACCCGGACAGAGCUGGGAUCAGUGCAGUGAGUGAAAAAUGAUUUUGCAUAUACAACCCCAUUUUACUCAAAAGACAACUGGGAAACGCAUUAAAGCUUUAUCUUUUGUGACCUCAGUUUGUGAAGCAUCCACGUGGGCUUGCUAACUAAAAAUAGCCUCUUUGAGUCUCACUUUGGGGUCCACACAGGUGUGAGAGCUAUUUCAAAAGAGGAUUUCAAAGACAAAUUCAUGCUUAUAGACUGGCAUUAGCUGUGAGGAGUAAUUUUCAGCCGUGGAUUGUUAUGGCCUUGUUGACAAUCAUACACCACGUUUUCAUCAGCCGUGUGGUAUUCGAACACACUACCAUAUCAAAGCAUGCUGCAAGGGAAGAAAGAAAAUGGGUGGAAAAGGUCAGUGCAUGGGCACUUUGUGUAUUCAUGUCAAACAUUCUCCUCCCUAACGUUCAUCUUGAGGUGGAGCCCCGUGCUCCAGCAGCACUAAACUACUGCCAACCUACUCGCCAGGUAACUGCCAACGGGAGCCAGACGCAACAUCUGGCCUGGACUGCUGUUCAGAACGAGACUUCCUGUCACUGGUAGCACUUAGAAAUGAAAGGGGUCGGAAAAUUGCGUUAUGAUACUGAAUGUGGAAACAAGUGGGUCUGUUUUAUGUGAAUGAAAAUAAUGCUUGUUUCACUGCAAAUGGUAAACACACUGGUGACUUUGGUUUAUGCAUUUAACUUAAUAUCUGUGUAUGUUGUCUCGUUUAGAGACGCAGCACUCAGUGAAGUUUUUUUUUUAUUCCUGUAAAUGAAUGAAGCUUGUGUGUGAAUGUCUGGGUGCACAAAUGUGUGCGUGUGCGCGCAGCACAUGCAUGCUACCAUGUUAGAGCGUGCGUGAUGUGUAACAUCGCUUUUCCAUGGAUAACAGUCUUUAAUUCGGAUGUGUGUCUUCUCUCAACGGGAGAUACAAGAGCUUUUUUUUUUUUUUCAGAAAACAUUUCCACGACUUCGGUUCAUCAUAACUUGCAUCAAGUUUUUACGUUGCGAUGUGACACCUUUCCACAUGUAGAUAUUUUUGUUGUAUUUUGUAAAUAACGGCUUGAAUUUGAGGUCAGAGGGGAGAGCUUGACCUCAAUUGGCCCCCACUGCAUUAUGGGUAGGAGCGGGUUGCGUGGGAUGACACUCUUUACAGUUUUCACUCUUUCAUUUGCUGUGAACUUUUGUUUUCUUGAACGUGUCAGGUGAAUUUGCAAGCUCAAAUGUUUAGCCUAUCAGGUAUCGGAGGAGAUUAUUUAAAUUGUGACACCUGUAUCGUUUCCCUUUCUGUUAGAUCAUGCACUUUUUCUUUUUUAAAUAAAAAAGCCACACACUUAAACAGGAUGUCAUUUCAAACACAUCUGUGCGACUAGUUCACAACUACGCGUGGCGUCUGAGCGCAGAACGCUGCAACACUGUUGUCCCAAAAUAGAAACUGACACAUCCUUUUUAAGAGUGGACGCCUAAAAAAACAAAAACAAAAAAAGCGUAAUCUGGAGCAUACGGGGGAGGGCCAAGCAUGGACGGAUACGCUGACUGGCAUUUUAGAGUGUGAAUUCCCUUGAAACAAUGUUCUAGUGACUGGUGAACAGUAGAAUAUACAGGAUAUGAUAUAAUAUAACAUUCUGGUCAAUGUUGAAGCUAAAUGAGAAGCAUGAAAGGCUGUUGAAAUGGUUUACUCUACAUUAUGAUAUUGCAAAAAUAUUUUGUAUUUCAAAUGAAGUUUAAAAAAAUGAAAUAAAUGUUGGUUUCAGGAUUUCAAAUCA